AAGUAGAAAUAAUAAUUUGAAUAUCUUAGCAAAUUGCUUAAAGUAAUGCUACGUAAGCCCAGCGCAAGUGUUAUAUUCUUUCAUGGUUCGGGAGACACGGGAGCUGGCAUAAUGGAUUGGGUGCGCAGUUUAAUUGGCAGAGACCUCGAUGGAUCCCAUAUCAGAUAUGUUUACCCGACGGCCCCUUUGCAGAAGUACACGCCCUUCGGUGGAGAGGAAUCCACAGUGUGGUUUGAUCGCAAGGACGUAGACAUAGCAGCUAUUGAGGAUAGGGAGAGCAUGUCUAGGAGUUACGAUAUUGCUCGCCGACUUAUACAGAAACAGGUUAAUGAUGGCAUUCCCUUGCAUCGCAUUAUUGUCGGUGGUUACUCGAUGGGUGGUGCUUUAGCCUUGCACACUGGAUAUCAUGUCAAUACGAAUCUGGCUGGAGUAUUUGCCCAUUCUUCAUUUCUCAAUCGCAACUCGGUGGUUUAUAAAUCUCUUCAAGAAAUAUCAAAUGGAAAUCAUCCAGAACUUUGCAUGUUUCAAGGUAGCGAUGAUGAGGUUGUUGAAUUCGAUUGGGGCUUUGAGACAUUUAAUACACUAAUCAAAUUGGGUGUAUCUGGCUCUUUUACGGUACUGCAUGAUACGACACAUGAGCUUCAGAAGAGUUCUUUGCUUGAUAUUGAACAAUGGAUUCUACAGAAGUUGCCUUGAACCUAUAACUUUUAUGUGAAAAUGAAAUAUAUUAAAAUCUGAAAAAA